UGCUUCUAUGUGCCUUUGCACUCUUCCUCUUCGAUGUGCCUUUGCACUCUCCUGCUCAGCACUUGUGGCUUUAUAUUGCGGCCUGGGUAGAGUUUGGGAAACGCCCUUUGUUGUUUCCUUCACCAGCUUGGCCCAGCACUAGGGCUCUCUUAUGCAGCACGAUUUUACGUUUUAACGGCUGCUGCCAACAGGUCUCUACCUGUAGUUCAACCGUUGUCGUAUUUAACGCGUGUAAACCAACCAGCGUUAUUAAACUGUACGCUUCUAUACACAACCUUCUCGGUUGAACGGCUAUUACUGAAUGUACAAUUGCGAAAUGGCAGCGGUUUUUGCUAUUACUAAAAAAUCCAGAGUGGCGCCGAGAUCGAAAGCGUGAAAAAAUAUGUUUCGCAAUUGUUAAGUAUUUUUCACGCAACAAAUAUAUUUUCAAUAAAUUGUAAAUGGAGUGGUAGAAUCAAAAAUCAUUUGCAAUGAAAAUCCAUAGGAUCAUUCUACCUCCGUAAGUAUGACAAUUAGAGGGUUGAAAUUUUGGGAAGGUUGUCUCAAGUCCAAGCUCUUUUUUGUCGCUGCAGUUGAGGUCUGGAAAACGCAACCAGCGAUAAUCGUUUUUAUCACGUUCAUUGGCAAAUCCAUAACGUCGCUACUAGUGCGCAUACUAGUGCAUCACUACACGAAUAAAGCGCGGUACCUGCGACAUCAUAUAUCCCACGUCGCACGUGAUAAUAAUGGUUGUCGCUGGAAGUAUUUUCCAGUUUUCAACUGCAACGAGAAAAAAAACGGUAUAUAUUUUCUUUGGGGAAGAGCUCAGAUUUUGACAGAUCCGUAAUUUUAUUACCAUACGCUAUAACUUAAUUUAAUUAUCGAACUAAUGAACAAACGAUAAGCUAUUGAAAACUCGGUAAAUAAUUACAAAAUCUAGUAAAAAAUUUCAAAUAAGUAAAUUUUUUGAUACCGUUCAGCAUUUUUAAUUUGGAGUGGUUAAUACUUUUUUCAUUAAUUCAUUAUUUAAUUUUUCAUAUUUAUUUCAUCCAAGCACAAAGCAAAACGUUUUGCUUCUGGAAAUCCAUUGCAAUUUAUCGUGAAGGAGGAGCUCGGAAAGUUCAGUAGUAAUUUCUUUUAAGAAUUCUACGAAAUGUGCGAUAAGCUUCAUUAUUUCGACCGAAAAUGAUGACAUUGACACCGGGUUCGGUGAGAAGCUAACACUAUGAUUAUAUUCUUAUAUCUGGUACUGGUGCUUGCGUGGGCUUUACUUAUAAUUGUUCUCAAAUGUAAAAAAGCCCGAGCAAAACGGCUUGCCGAACUGGAGGAAGCAGCUCAGCCAGUCCACGUGGUUCAGAUCGGUUCCAAUCUGUACGACAUCAUGGCCAUCCAACACCAUCACCAUCACAGAAGUCCGUAUGGAACAAUGUACGACUGUCUGGGAAGCGGUGAUCACCAUGUAACCGGAACCGGACACGCCCGUUCUACGACAACCAGUGUGACGCACUCAAACGCAGCAUUUGUAGGAGACGACGGCAGUGUUUUUCCUAGCGGCAAUAUUCCUCCACUAGAACCACCCCCAUCGUAUGACGAGGUGAUACGAUUGCCUGCUUACUACCCCAAAGUGGAAACCUUUGUGCCUGAAAUGGUGGUGCCACCCGCUGAACCACCUCCUCCCCCAACGAAUGAUCAGUUGCGUGACGGUGAGGGCGGAAGCCAGCCAGUUAUUACAACAGGGGGUGGACGAAUCAAGACGAUCUCAUCAGUGACGUCAUCAACGACGAAUUCCUAGUCCUCUGUCAGAAAACGAUAGGAUGUAAGAAUAAAAAAACACUGUUAGUUGUCAUAGACUACUAAGCGCAAAUUCAAGGGGAUUACUUUAGGCACCUAUGAUUGGAAUCUCCUUUUUUUGGAUAAACCGACAAAUGUAGUGAGGCAUCCACGUCUCACAAGAUUAUUUAUUGAAACUAAAUCAAAACUGCACUGAAUGUGAUAUUUCAGUUUCAAGACGGUUCAACCGGAUGAAGUGGAAUAAUAUAAUUCAAUAGCGUCGAUUGCUCAAAACAAAACAUAAUAUAUUGUUGUCAGAUUUAUUUUGUACUUGCAAAUUUUCGUUAAUCGAUGUUGAAAAACGUUUCAAGCUUGCUAGUUUUUAUUUAGCAAAUAAGUUCAGAUUAGCUCAAAAACUAAUCAUUUAAGGAAUUAUGUACU